AUGUUCGCCCGGUUCUUAACGCGCAUCAAAGCUGUUGCCCCCCGUGGAAGCGAUUGGGCUAAUCGACUUGGGCCUGUCGCCGUGUUUGGCUACGAGGCGGGGGCGUCAAACAGCUCGAUUCUCUUUGACUACUUCUGUCAAUCCCCCGUAGACUGUGAUCACUACGCUGAGCUUUCCUUUCAUGACAGCGGGCCCAUUGAGUGCCCCCCUGAAACCGUGAUGUUUAUGCCGGUGCUGAAGUGCGGACAAAUGCUGGAGAGCCCAGCUGCGACUCCCACCCCAACCAGCGAUGAGUGGUACAUGGGCGCUCUCGAGGCGACCACGGAAUUAUUGGAAAAGGGGUAUAUUCCGGCCAGCGUGGGAGGGGAUGGAUCUGCCACCUUGCCCAUGGUGGAGGCCUACAAAAGACUGUUUCCCACUGACGACGUUGUCGUCAUUCAUUUUUCUGCCCAGCCACUUGUUGGAAACGCCCGGGCUCCUCUCCGAGUUCUGCUAGAUAAGGGACUGUUAAAGGGCAUCGUGAGUGUAGGCAAUCGUCUGGUGACCUCGGAGGAUCGAAAGAUACGCAAACAUCACAAAAUGUUUUACAUGGACAUGCACGCCAUUUAUUCCAAGGGGUUGUUUUGUAUUCGAGACAUUCGAAAUGACUACCCUGUCUUUAUAAGCAUUGAUGCCAACGUGCUGGAUCCCGCCUUUGCGCCAGCUGUGUCAUGCCCAGUUGCAGGGGGGCUGUCAACACGAGAAUUACUGCAUAUAAUGAACGGCAUUAGGGGGCCGAAGGUGGCGGGCUUGGACGUGCAUGGAUACUCUCCCAACCUCGAUGUGUGCCGAAAGGAUGGAGUUGGUCUCACACAAGUGGCAUUGGCGAAGGUGAUUAAAGAGGCGAUCCUUAAGGCCUACAGUAUCUCUACACAAACAGAGGAAGAGGGAAUGGCAAGAGUUCAAAUGCUGCAGCGGCAGGGCACCAUAUCGGAAAACCCGUACCCUGAUCACUAA